AUGCGGCUGCACGUCCGCAAUCAUUGCCAGCCGUCGAUCUAUCAGCUGGCAGCAGGGAUCCUGGCGACCCCCGCCCCCGCGCCAGCUCUCUUCCCGGAUCGGAGCGGAUGCGGCACGUCCGCAAUCAUUGCCAGCCGUCGAUCUAUCAGCUGGCAGCAGGGAUCCUGGCGACCCCCGCCCCCGCGCCAGCUCUCUUCCCAGAUCGGAGCAGAUGCGGCUGCACGUCCGCAAUCAUUGCCAGCCGUCGAUCUAUCAGCUGGCAGCAGGGAUCCUGGCGACCCCCGCCCCCGCGCCAGCUCUCUUCCCAGAUCGGAGCAGAUGCGGCUGCACGUCCGCAAUCAUUGCCAGCCGUCGAUCUAUCAGCUGGCAGCAGGGAUCCUGGCGACCCCCCUGAGCCAGCUCUCUUCCCAUCGGAGCAGAUGCAGCACGUCCGCAAUCAUUGCCAGCCGCCAUCGUCGGAAAUUACCCGCUGAAACACUACUUAUAAACCAAUAA